AUGGCUGGCCGUGUGCUGUUGGUGUGUGCCCUCUGCGUGUUGUGCUGCGCCGGCGGCGGUGCCGGUGCGUGGGGCGGCGGCUACUGCACGGAUAGUGACUGGAGGGGCUUGAGGGCCGUCGCGAAGGACAUGACGGAGGCGGAGAUUGAGGGAAAGUACUGCAGCCGCAAGCCAGAGUUUGCGCAGGGGCUGCGGGUGAUUCCGCAGGCUGAGGGGGAGGAAAAGAGUCGUUCAGAUGAAGCGAAUACCUCUCAAGACGCAUCAGGUGAAGAUUCAGAGAAACAGCAACCAUCGGCAGGCUCACAAGAAUUGCGUGCACCUAAUGGCAGUGAAGGAAGUUCCGAUCAAAGGGCGAAAGACCAGGUAGCAGGCACCGAUGAAUCGCCAUCGGAAACCCCAACAGAAGUGUCAGGAGGACCGCACGACACAGAGUCAUCAAAGGCACCCCAAGGAGGAGAUUCAGAGACAGACCGGCAAAACGCUGCUUUACCGUCGCAGCCACAGUCACAAGAACAGCCAUCUGAACAGGCGGUGGGCAUUGCCACAGAUGUGCGCAGCAAUGGAGCCGCAGGCUCAUCGCAUAUCGCCAGUGAUACAUCAGUUGGAAGUGCGGCACAAACACCGCGAGCCCCUCUUCCUGCAGAUGGCAGUGGUGCUGCUGCCGGUGCGCCGCCGAGCAGUGACAGCGCAGCACCAUCAGCCGCAGCAGCAGGGCCCCCCGCCAAGGAUGCAAGUAACACCGCGAGUACGAGUGAAACUGGCAGCAGCCCCGCGGUGCAGUCAAGGCCGUCGAGCCCCAUGACGACAAACGAAGCUGGUCAGGCGGAACAGAAGCACACCGAAGUGCCCACCUCCCACGAACAACCGGAAGCGAGUGGUGGGAAGGAAGAACAAGCCGCCAAACCCGCAGCGGGGGCGGCUGCCCAAGCGGUCAACAGCACUACAAAAAUGAUGGUGGCGCCAGCCAACAGCGACGGCAGCACUGCGGCCUCGCACUGCAUCUCCCCCCUUGCGCUGCUUCCUCUUCUUGCGUGUGCGGCGGCGGUUGCAAUGUUGGCCGCGUGA